UUGAUGCUGCAGCAUUCGCUAAGAAAAGCAACUUUCCUGUAUUAAGCUCAUGGUAAAAUUUAUUCGGGCGAUAGCUGGGACACAGAAAUAGCAUUUUACUUCGCAAUCAAACCCAGUUAUGGAAUAUCUUUCCGGACUGUCGCAAAAAGAAAAUGUUCGCGCCGCCUGCAAAAAGUGUGGUUUUCCGGGACACCUAACGUAUCAGUGCCGUAACUACCUGACGGUUGACCCACAAAGUCACGCGGUUGUGCCGAGCCAACAGCGUCCCGGGAGUGAAUCGCCGGAGCAAAACUAUCUCACCCCCCUGCAGGAACUGAGAAAACAGGAAGAAGAAGAGGAAGCCCGGAAGGCGGAAAAGGUGGCGCGCAAGGAACGUGCACGCAGAGCCAGGGAGGCACGGAAGGAGAAAAGGAAACGCAAACACCGCAAACGUUCCCGAUCACGGUCCAGCUCGAGCAGUUCUGACACAAGUGAUACGGACGGUAUCGGUAGUAGUGGUAGCAGCAGCGAUGGCAAACAUAAAAAGAGAAGUAAAAAACGGUCGAAGAAAAAGCUGAUUAAAAUACGUAAAAAGUCCAAAAAGGGAAAUCACAGCCACAAGCGAAGAGAUCAUGAUAGCAGUUCGGAUAGUUAAGAAAGCAUUUAAACGUAGGAAGGUGGUAGACAUUUUCAAAUUGGUUACUAAGAAGCACAUGGUAUAAAAGAAACACCGAAAUUCGGACGUAAAACUAUAGGACUUCCUGUUUCUGGGAAAACCGACGUUAUGUCUAAUAUAAAUCAGAAAUUUUACUUAUUGAUUUAAGGACUGUACAGGAUGGUUUCAUAACACUUAUUCAUAUAAUUCGAUAACAUAAGCUUUCGUACGAAACAAGAACAA